AAUAUAGUUGUGUAGAAGCCGGCGCUAAAUAAUAACUACCGCAUUUAGGAGGCAGCCAGUAUGCGAUAGUGGUAACCGCGCUGCGCUCAGCAAAACCGGCUGGGCUAGCCGCCUCUGCAAGGAGAGGACCACAAGCCCCAGAAUUCUUAGCGGGCCGCCCUCGUUCUUCCGGUUGCGAAGCUGAUGAAAGUGAAAGUGCCGCGGCCGCCUUGCCGCCGCUUUAGCCGCCUCCCCCUCCUCGACUUUGGCUUGGCCGGGUUCACCUUCAAGUGCUCGCCUGGCGGAGCGAGAGGGUGCCGGGGGCAGAGACUCCGCAGGAGAGCGCAGCAUGAACGGAGGGGUGGACUAUCUGCUGUCGGAGGAAGUAAUCCAUCUCACCCGAGGACCUUCAGGCUUGGGAUUUAAUAUUAUUGGCGGGACUGACCAGCAGUAUAUUGCCAAUGACAGUGGCAUCUACGUUAGCCGGAUCAAAGAAAAUGGAGCUGCUGCACUUGAUGGCCGCCUUCAGGAAGGAGACAAGAUUUUAGCAGUUAAUGAUAAGGAGUUGAAGAACAUGCUGCACAACAAUGUUGUGGAACUUUUCAGGACAGCUGGAGACAACGUAUCAUUAAAGGUUCAGCACAGGCUACUGCCCCAGAAUGGUCCCUCAAGCCACCGAGGAGAUGGAGAUCCAGGAGGCAUUCCUUUGGCUAUGAUUUUGGUGCCAGCGUUGGCCAUAGCAGCAGGAGCAGCUCUAUUGUGGGGCUUCCUUCGAUAUCGACAGCGGGUGUGAUGAGCAUCAUUUUCCAAAGAUCUUGGUGUCUGGGAAAAUGCAUAUAUUUGUAAAAUAAUUUAAGCAGAAGAAAUCAGCAGUCUUACUCUGGACUGACAUAGGGAAAGGAGCAAUAGAGAAUCAUUGGACAGUGCAGCCUUCCCCAACCUGGUGCCUUUCAGAUGGUGUUGAAUUACAACUCCCAUUAUUUCCAACCUGGCGGGUAUCACUUUGGGAAAGGCUGGAGAACACUAAACAUUUUGGCUGCUUAGGGAGUUUCAAAGUUCAUACACUUAGAAUCUGAAAACUGAUGAGCUGGACAAUCUGACUUCACUGACCCUGAAGAAAAUGUUCCGGUCUUUUCUGAUUUAAUUUUUAUCAUGUGAGUUUUCCUGUGUUCAACAUUUUUUCACAUGUAGCUAAUCAAUGGGGCAGAGUUUGUAUGUUAUGUCCCCUGGCAAAUGAGAUAACUAUCUGUUUUGCCACUUACGAAACUGCUUCUGAAACAUGAAGGGAACUUCCGGAGCAACUGCAGCAUAGUUAUGCUUUGAUGUGGGGAGGGUUGGAUCUCAGGUGGAGUGAAGUGUCCUUGAAAAUGCAAGAAAGCAGGUUUGCGUGAUCGAAAGGAGCUUUGUAGAUUGCAGACGCAGAAUCAAGUCUGAAAUUGAAAAGGAUAUUGGGUUUUUCAAAAAUACAGAUUUAUCUUUGUCCCCUAGGUUUUCUCCAAAGAAUAUUGUCCAUAGUAAUGAAAGAUGAAAGUGAUAAUGAAAACAUCUUUCGUUAACAAGUAGAAUAUUUUGGCAGGGCAGGC